CGUCAUUUUGUUAUGAGCAUUAUCGGACUGAUACCUUCCAGCGGGUCCAACUCACAGCUGAUAGUAUCUGCCCAAGGCUGCAAGAUAUCUAAGGCCAAUGUGCCGUGCUAGAUUUUCUUUGUUGUAUGAGAAAGUGGCAGUACUUGAGACUUGUCAUGUCGUGUACACCAUUCUUCUGGAUGAGAAAGAGUCAGAAAGGGAGGACAAAAGGCAACUACUGUUGAAGAUGAAAAGGAGAGAGUGAAGAAUCCGGAAGUGUUAGUCCAAGUACACCCUAGCUCUCACUUCUCAACAGCCCAUGAUAACUUCACAACAUGCGCGAGGAAAGAAGAGAAAAAGAGCAGAUGAUAUUGGAACCUCUACACUCGAGACCAGUGUGAGAUGAAACAACAGAGAAGUCUAAGGCCCAGGACCUACAAUAGUAGUGUAUCAUCUGACAGAGGGUAUUCCUCAGCUCAUUCUCUACCCAGUGUCAGCACCUACCUAGCACCAGCACUCUCGAUGUCUUCGUCCACGACACUGACCGGUACCAGCACGUAAUAGUCUUCAACCUACCCCACACCCCAGGGCAGUGCCACAACGAGCCUAGCCCUACCAACAGUGGGGGGAGACAUGCCAGGGUUCUCUGAGAGUGUCAGCAACCCAGCAGCGGGGCGGUGAAUCUUCAGAUGCAGAUCUGGAAAGUAUAAUGAGAGCUGGAUAGAUUGGCAGAGUGUGUCGUGAGACUUGAAGCCAGUAUAAGCAGGUGUGGUGGGGAGAAAGCAGAGGAACUGGGGGCGGUACUAACGGUAGAAUCAAUGCCCGGACCUGACUGAGCCUGAGUUGCCUAACAGUCCGUGUGACAACAGAGUCCUACUGUGGCUGGUGAGAAAGGUGGGCGAUUGGAAGUUCCUGGCACGAUGGCUGGGGCUACAGGAGAGCGACAUAACUCAAGUAGAGAUGGACAACCCGAGAUCUGGUCGAGAGCAGUGCUACCAAAUGCUCUUGAAGUGGAAGUCAGUGGCUCCCGAGAGCUAUUCGUAUCCAGUAUUGGGAGAGGCUCUGAGACAAGAGAGUCUGGAGCUGUUCAAUGCAUACGUAAAGGAAGUACAUCGAGUAGAGGGCUGAGAUACGAUUCCUCUCUGUGAUAUUAAAGCAUUCUCUCGGGCAAUAUUAUAAAUAUUCAUUAUCAUUGAGCAAAUAUAUUGUCACCAAAAUGUUGUUUAUGUUCAUGCACUCCUAGCAUCAUUGAGUCGAUGCUGCCAUUUUUAAUGAUUGUUUUUAUGUAGAGUCACUUUGACUAGCAAUGCUAUGUUUGUUAAAAACUGUUUUAACAGACGCCAUUGUUAAGCUGGUUAUACGUCACCGAUUAGCUAGUCACCUGUACAGAACAAUGCAGAUAUUACACAAACACGAG